GUGAGGUACGUGUCACUAAAGUGUCCUUGCCGUCCCGCCAUGAGCAAAAUUCCCAAGGAUCUGCUAUUGCGUAGUUGUGCUGACCUUCUUGACUACAGCAAUAAUGUUAAAAAGCGGAAGUUCGUCGAGACCGUCGAACUGCAGAUAAUGUUAAAGAACUAUGAUCCUCAGAAGGACAAACGUUUUUCAGGCACUGUGAAGUUGCGGCACAUCCCUCGACCUCACAUGAAGGUUUGUAUAUUGGGCGACCAGCAGCACUGCGAUGAAUCUAAAGCGGCGGAUAUCCCUUGCAUGGAUAUCGAGGACUUAAAGAAGCUUAACAAGGAUAAGAAACUUAUCAAAAAACUUGCUAAGAGGUACCACAUGUUCCUUGCCAGUGAAUCCGUUAUACGGCAGAUUCCCCGCAUUUUGGGUCCCGGUUUGAGCAAAGCUGGAAAGUUCCCUGCUGUCUUAACGCAUGGAGAAUCAUUGAUGCAACGUGUAAAUGAUGCAAAAGCGACCAUUAAGUUCCAGAUGAAGAAAGUGUUAACUCUCAACGUUGCAGUCGGUCAUGUCCACAUGAAGCCAGAAGAACUCGCGCAGAACGUCAACCUUGCUGUGAAUUUCCUUGUUUCUCUGCUUAAGAAAAAUUGGCAAAACGUACGCUCCCUAUACAUUAAAAGUACAAUGGGACCUCCACACGCUCUCUAUUAGAAUACUAAUUAUAACCUGGA